GCCAUACUACAAGUUUACUUUCUUUUGGAUACGGCUCCCUUAAUUACUCCAGAGACUCUGACGGAAACCCUUGGCUCCUGUCUCUGCUGUUACUGGGCCAGUAAAUUGUGAUUCAGAUCGCAUGUAAGAGGCUGCAAGUCAGCGACUCAUUUUUUCCGACGACUUCAGGCACCAGAGGAGCGUCGCAGCACUAACAGGCUGCUUCGUCGCUGCGGUUUCUUUGCAAGCCAGUUUGGAGAUGCUCCAAGGGGCAGUGAGCAGUGCCUUACUCUGCCUGUCCUGCUUACUCCUGUUGGGGGUCUGCUUCCCAGCAGAGGUUGCAGGGGCAGGGGCAGCAGGGCCUCUUCCUACUUUUCCCCCUAAACAAGAUUAUGGGGAACCAGACCUUGAGGAUUGGGAGUGGGGCUCUGGAUCAUCUCUUCUGCACCUGCACCACAGCUUCCCUGCUGACAGCCCCUUCGUAACAGAGACCCCAGGAAAACCAGUCAACUGCACCCAGCGCUUCUGGUUACCACCGUCCUCUCCGAUCUGCUGGGAAAACAUAGCCGGACCUGAGGAGUUCGCCAGGUCCCGUCUGCUUGUUCUCCAGAAUAGGGCUGCCCUGCAGGCUGUGUCCACCUCCAGCGGGAUGGAGGACGGAGGGAGUUCCUACGAGCACCAAGCCAGAGAGGAGGUCCAGGGGAUCCACUCAGACCACCAGAGUGUGGUGGAAACUAUGCAGACCAUGGAGAAGGUCUUUGUCUCUCUGCAGGAGAAGAGGAAAGAGGGGAAGGAGCAGGGGGUCCUUACCAGCAUGAAGGAGCAUCUUGCCAACACAAGGGACGCCAUAGAUGGAAGAGAGCACAUGGCAAACAUCCUGGAGAACCAUUUUUCUACUUUAGAGAAGACUCUGCUCAACAUGCAGCUCCGACUCAACAAACUCUUCCAACAGUGACGAUGACGCGUACCUGUUGUCUCUUUUUCUUGCCUUAUUUGAAUUGAAUUGAUAUAUCCGUGUAUUGUACAACCAUGUAGCAACUGCAUGUACACUCAGGAUUAUGUUAGUCUGUGGUAUGAGGACAAAACACACUUGAUAUGCACCUUAUGUCAUCAAAACAUUUACUAAAUUAACAUGUGUACCCUGGAAUCAGCAGAUAAAUAAACCUCUUUAUCAGGGAGAUUUGAUGAAUAUGUAGCUGUUAAAUCUCCUUUAGAUCUCAUGGUCACACUAACAGAAAAUCAUCAUUCAACAUUCAUGAACUGCAUUUUCAUACGUCUAUCUCACCAAGAGUGUGGUGUAAAAAGCACGUGGUGCAACAUGAAUAUCAGACAGCAUGAAUCUUUAUUUUAAUAUCAAAUCUAAACAAUUAAUUUGUAAGUUCUGAGUGAGAUGCUUUGUGAGGUGGUCAGCUGUUAUAUACACUUUAAAUAGUCACAUCUAUUAGGCUGAGUGUGAGUUUUCAUUUGGAAAGACAGCAUGUUCAGUUGCUUUUAGUAAAGCUGAGAAAAAAAUAAGAGGUAUUUGUACUUUUGAUAAGUUCAAAACAACUUUCAAGUAUUUGAUAAACUACUCACAACUCAGACAUGACAGUAUCUUUUUUUUUUUUUUUAAACGGAUGUAUAACUUAGAAUCAGUAACAUCUGCAUAUUUCACUGAAAAUCAAUGUUUGACAGCACCUCUAAAAUAAAGUUUUCACCCAUUCAUAUUUUAAAAAUGCAA